AUGAGCCUCGACUAUAACACUGUAGUGCAACUUCUAGAGGAAUUGAUGUGUGGGAAAGGGUCUAUCCGUCUUAUUCGAAAGAUGUGUGAAACGACACAAGGAGAAGGGACAAGCACCAAUUUUGUGAAAGACAUGUUAGUCUUUUUAGAGGUACGUGGGCAACUGUUAGGGUUUAUGUCUAAGAUUUUUGACUCGUGGGUGAAUGGGAAUGAUUCUCUUCUGUUUGUUAUUCGGAAGAAUUUGUGGUCGUACAACUGUUUUAUGGUGUACCUGCACUGUUCCAAUGGAGUAGAAUACCUUCAAAAGCAUUUCCAACGGUUUUUUAUUGAAGUUUCUGAAGAGAUCACUCCCGAUUUGCGCGCGGAGUAUAAAGAAGUCCGACGGAAAAGUAUGCGAGAUGAGCGUGAGGAGCGUGGUGAAGAGCGAAUUAAGCGUGAGGCGUAUAUUAGAAAGCAGAAUGAGAUUCUCCAAAACAUCACUUCAUCCAAUUUAGAAGUUCUAGAAAAGCAGCCUGAGUUGUUUGAAAGUGUGAUGCAGUAUGUGACGACCUUAGUAGAGAAAAUUGUGACCAUUUUAAUCGACUCUGUGACUGACUUUCCGGGCCAAGUUGCGUAUUAUUUCAGUAUUUUGCAGUUGAAAAUUAUUAAUGGGUAUGUCAACACGUCCUCCCAAUUUAUUUUGUAUUUGUUUUUUGAAGGGAUUUUAGUGCCCUUUUUGUCGCAGCCCGUUUAUUAUGGGAUGAUGGAAACAGUGACUAAUAAACAGAUGUAUAUCCUUAACAUCUGCAUUUUCGUGUUAAGAAACAUUGGACUGAACACCCCAGUGAGGUCCGGGUACUUCUCCGUCUUCAAUGAAUUCAUUCAAUUCCAACACACUAAAUUGAUGACCCGAUUCUUCAACGUCAUCUGCCAAAUGCACCCAACACAAACUAAAUAUCCGGUGACCGACGAAGAAUUCCAAAGAGCGUGUUAUAGACUUAUUAAAACUUUCACGACGUGUAGUAUGGUAUUGGAACAAUCAGUGGUCCAGAACACAGGACAGUCCGAUAUGUCGACGACUUUGAAGAAGAUCAAGGAAAGCUCAAAAUUAAUGAAAAAACUGUAUAAGGAGAAAACUAAGCCAAUUGGCGUCUUAGCACCUUUUCAGUCUUUUGGAAAGAAACUUGAAACACUCGAACAAAACAAAUUAAAAAUGUUCAACGGCCUCUCGCCAAGAACGUUAGCUGCAAAUCUGAGAUCUAAAAAGUCGGCUUCACUGAAUCGAGUUUUGAGUCAAAACAGAAAUUAUAUCAACUACGCAGACUCUAAGACGGGAUUGACCCCUAUCAUGUUCGCUUGUAAAAACCAGGAAAUCGAAAUAUUCAAAGCUUUGUUAAGACUGAACCCAAACUACUUCUUAAGGGAUUUUAGAGGGUGGAGUAUCGCUCAUCACAUCUUCUUUGAAAAAAGAAUCGACUUGUCCGUCCUCCUCAUGGAAAGUCCUUUUUUGAAUUUGUUUGAUUGGAAUGAUGACUUAAACACCCCACUACAUUAUUUGGUGCAAUUCACCCCAUGCACACAACAACUUCAAAACUGUAUACUAACGUGUCUCCAAAAUGGAGCAGAUAUAAACUCACUUAAUUUGUCGAGAGAGACUCCACUGUUCAGAGCAAUAAAGAAACGAAAUUUUGAUGUUGUGAAAAUGUUGUUAUUACUUGGAGCAGAUCCAUUUGUGAAUUGUAAGAAGUGGACUCCUUACGAAUUUGUACUGGAAGACUCUCAAGAUUCGGAAAUAAGAAAUUUAGUGUUACGCUUUGCCCAACAUGGAGUCUUGUCGGACUCUUCGUAUGUACGGGUUCCUCAAAUUAAAUUAGAAUAUUCAAGGGAGAUAGCUGGGGGUGUUGAAGAUCUAUUUGUAGCUUUAGAGAAGCAUGACCCGAUGAUGUUUGAUGUCCUGUUAGACUCUCACCGGAACGAAGAUGAGAAAGGAAUGUUUCAUGAUGGGAAUACGAUGCUUCAUGAGAUCUGUAGAAGUGGAGACACCGAAAUUCUUAAUAUUUACAUAACAAAGCGUUUUCUCUCGAAACAAAAUGUUCGGAUUCCAGUAGUUAAAGUUAAUGAAGAGGGUGAGACACCAUUAAUGACUGCAUUAAGGAAGAACCGAGGGGAAUGCGCUUUAGUUCUAUUAAGUUAUAAUAUCGACAACUUAACAGAAACUAUUAACACGUCGAAUGGCCGCAACAUACUUCAUUACGUUGCAGAUGCUAAGAUCCCAUCUGAGAUUAAAAGUACUUUGUUUCUGUCCCUCAUCAUUCGAAUGGUCAAUAUUAAUCAACAAGAUAAGAACGGGAAUACGCCAUUGCAUUUACUGUUAAUGCAAAAGGAAGACGUCAAAUUGACUGAAUUGCUGUUGAUGAAUGGGGCGGAUAUGUUCAUUGAGAAUAAAAGACAACAACAGUGCAUUCACAUCUCAAUUGAAAAUAAAGACGUCGCGAACUUUAACUUCUUGUUUGAGCACGAGUACGAGUGGGUCGACGAGGACUUUGAGUUUUAUCACACGUUGUAUACGGACGACUGCACGUUACUCAUUCCACAUGUUAUUAACUACUUGGUGAGUAUCAAUGCAUCAUCACCAGUACAUAAGUGGGAAAUUGUAUUAAAGAUGAAAAGACUUUUAGACUUGUCCGGCCUCUUUGAUGAGUCGAAAAUGGUGAAUGGAGAUCCACACAUUUUUACACAACAAAUGGCUAUCAAAUAUGAGUCGGAAACACUUUCAAAUCAAUUGAAAGAAUGUCUCAUGAAAGACCAAAAAGAUGAAGAAGUCGUCCAAGAAGACUGGAUUAGAGAAAGAAUUAAUAUGGGAAUAUCACAGGGAAUUAAAGGAGAAAAUACUUUGAAGAUCUCAAUAGAAAUGCUCAAAGAAGACUUACAGAGAUGUCUUAAUAUCCAAAAUUCUUUACUCAAGAAAGACACCAAAUUCGACGUCCACAUUUUGCAAAACUUGGUCAAGAAAUUGUAUUUCGCUGCGCAACAAGCAAACGCACAAUACUACACAACUUCGUCUGUUGAUAACCAAAAAGAAAAGGAUAACUUUUAA